AUGGAUGAUCAAAAAUCCACCAGAAACACUCCAAAGCCUCCUCAAAUGGGGUACGAACUUGAUCAGGCACAAAAAUUUCUCGCUCGCGUGGGUAAGAACUUCCUCGAUGCCAAAAUACCUCAGAAAGAGUGCUUUGACAUCGCUGAUUGUGAUUUCGAAUUUGACGAUGAGAAAGUAAUAGAGUAUGGGCAAAGAUAUAAUGAUGAUAAAUUGGACCAAAUUCUCGAAAUCAUGCCUGGCGCUGUCCAACUUCCAGUUAAUCAGAAAUGUAUACCAC